AUAAAGCCUGCUAACAGCUGUGUUAAUCCAUGACUUGGCUUGCAAGUACUGACUCCCCCCUAUGAGGACUGCUUUUGGAUGUCAUACCAAAUAAAUGAUCUAAAUAGGAAACUUGUCUAAGCAAACACUCCCAUCCCUGUGCUGAAGGAAGUGUUUCGUUGCAAUCCACGUCUUUCAGGAAGCUCACAGUCCUGGGUGUAAUUCCACAGAUCUCUAGCAUCGCCUUGAAAUGCUGCAUUUCAGUAAAAUCAUAGAUUUCAGUGUGGAGUUGUCCCCUAGCUCCUGUGGGGUCUACACUACUGGGGAGCUGCUGAGCGGACAAGUGGUGGUGGAAUUGUGCAAAGCCCUGAAGAUCUCAGCCCUGGAGGUAUGUGCCAGGGGGUUGGCGACUGUCCACUGGCUGGAGACCCGAAGCAUUGGCAUGAACACUGUCUACAGCGACUUCACUGCUCAUGAGACCUAUUUGCGAAAGAGGCACCAUUUGAUAAGAGACAAUGGCACGCCUAAUGUUCUGCCAGCAGGAAGACACGAGUUUCCUUUCACCUUUCAACUGCCUGAGAACCUGGUGACUUCUUUUGAAGGCAAGCAUGGGUGUGUUCGCUACUGGGUCAAAGCAAAGCUGCACCGUCCAUGGUCCACAGUUAAAAAAGCAAAGAAAGAGUUUACUGUGCUUGAACCUAUUGAUAUCAACACACCUGAUUUGCUGGCUCCCCAAGCUGGCACCAAAGAGAAGAUUGCACAUGCGUGGUACUGUAACUUGGGGCAGGUGUCUGUCACUGCGAAGAUUGACAGAAAGGGAUAUACACCUGGUGAAGUCAUACCCAUCUUUGCUGAGAUUGACAAUUGUACCAGUCGCAAUGUGGUGCCUAAAGCAGCCAUCAUCCAGUCUCAGACCUUUAUUGCUCGUGGUACCUUGAAACACAAGAAAUCUGUGGUAGCUACCCUGGCUGGAGACUCUAUACCUGCAGGGAAAAGAGAGACCUGGCAUGGACGAGCUCUAAAAAUACCUCCACUUGGACCUUCUAUCCUACAGUGUCGCAUUAUUCGUGUUGAAUAUGCUUUAAAGCUCUGUGUAGAGAUCCCUGGUUGCUCAAAGCUACUCUUGGAGCUCCCUCUGGUGAUUGGUACCAUUCCACUUCAUCCAUUUGGAAGCAGAACAUCCAGUGUGGGCAGUCAGUACAGCGUCUGUCUUGACUGGCUACAUGCAACUGUUCCAGAAAAUCCUGAGCCUCCUCCAGAAUACUCCUCAAUCGUUUCUGAAGAAGAGAUCCGAAACAACAAUCUUUCUCCUCCACGUCAUGCCAGUAUGGGCUGUAUCCUAGAAGGGCCAUUUUAUGCCUACAUUCAGGAGUUCAGAAACCGACCCCCUCCACUGUAUACAGAGGUUGAUCCUAACCCACCUGAAGCAGAAAUCCGUCCACGUUGCAUGACUUGUUGAAGGACUAUCAAGAAUCUGAAUUUUAUCUACAUUUCACUGAAAGCAGAUAAUUCUUGCUAAAGACUGAAUGUGUCCCUUACCUUUAGUAAACUGGAACAGUUUGCGCUGUACCAGCGAUGGGGAUUGGUGGGGCUGGAGACCAUCUCUACAGAGAGGGAUGGGGUAGGUCCUCUUGCGGAGACAUUUAUGUGGAAAAAGGAGAUUAGAGGAACCAUUAUUGAGGCCAUGGCAAAUGUCUCGGACUGUUUCUGAACACAAGAAGUGUCUUUUCAUUGUGUUGAUAUUGCGCAUAUCAGGAAGUUCCCUGCACAGUUAUGUUUGAAAAGAAAUUGUAUCUAAAAGAGGGCUACAUAUGAUAUACUAAAAUGUGAAUAUUACUGUACAGAGGCAUAUUGUUUCUUACACUUUAUAGAUGUAUACAGCUUAAUGCACAACAACUAUUGUGAAGGGUACUAGUUGGAUGUGCUUACCGUCUUGCUUGGUUCAUGACCCAAGUGACUUUUGAUCUUAUUUUGCCAAAGUAUUCCUGCAUAGCAUUGCUACAUAUUAACACAUCCUGUAGUUUUUAAUGAAUACACAACUUUAGUGUUAUUAUAAUAGACUUCUAUGCACUGUUAGGCUUUUAUAUACAGUGUAAAACAUAGUUAUAAGCCACAAUCAGAGUGUAUAGGCGUAUGAUUGAGAAACCUAUCGCUUUCUCGUUUUUCUACGAAUUCCUGUUUAUGGAUAAUAACCUAACCUGACACUCUACAAAACACCUGCAGUAUGCUUCUGUCCACCUGCUUUAUAUAGUGGCCUUAAUGAAAACCACACAAUUCUUAAAGGGAAUAGAAUUUAAACUGCAUUACUAAUAUAAGGGGGG